UACACGCCUCACUAUCCCUCUCUGAGUUUAUUCAGUGUAAUGGCGGAAUCCAGUGUUUCUUUGGCUCAGGAUCAGUUCAGCUGUUUAAUCUGUCUGGAUCUACUGAAGGAUCCAGUCACUAUUGCAUGUGGACACAGUUACUGUAUGAGCUGUAUUUCAGACUGCUGGGAUCAGGAUGAGCAGAAGGGAGUCUACAGCUGCCCUCAGUGCAGACAGACCUUCACUCCAAGACCUGCUUUAGGGAAAAACACCAUACUGGCUGAAGUGGUGGAGAAACUCAAGAAGACAAAACUUCAAGCUGCUCGUCCUGCUCAGUGUUACUCUGAAUCUGCAGAUGUGGAGUGUGAUGUUUGUACUGGGGACAAAAACAAAGCUGUUAAAUCCUGUUUGGUGUGUCUGAACUCUUACUGUCAAAAUCAUCUUGAACAACACGAGACUUUCUUUAAAAUUAAAAGACACGAUCUGAUGGACGCCACUGGACGACUGCAGGAGAUGAUCUGCUCUCAGCAUGAAAAACUACUGGAGUUCUUUUGCCGUAAUGAUCAGUGCUGUAUUUGUUAUCUGUGUACAAUGGAUGAACACAAAAACCACGACACUGUAUCAGCUGCAGCAGAGAGGACUGACAAACAGAUUCAGUUGACUGGGAUGCAAAAAACAACCCAUCAAAUAAUCCAGGAGAAACAGAAGGAGUGUGAGGAGCUGAGAACAGCUGUAAAGUCUCACAAGCGCUCUGCACGGGCAGCAGUGGAGGACACUGAGAGGAUCUUUACCGAGCUCAUCAGCUUGAUUGAGAAAAGCUGCUUUGAGGUGAUACAGCUGAUCAGAAAUCAGGAAAAGGCUGCAGUGAGUGGAGCUGAAGGACGACUGCAGCGACUGGAGCAGGAGAUCGAUGAUCUGAGGAGGAGAGGUGCUGAGCUGAAGCAGCUUUCACACACAGACCAUCCCAUCUGUUUCCUCCAGAGUUUCCAGUCUCUCUCUGAUCCUCCUGGAUCUACAGACUCAUCCAGAAUCUCUGUCAGCUCUCGUCUCUCUUUUGGUGAUGUUGGUAAAUCUGGGUCUUCUCUAAAGUCUCGUCUGAAAGAGGAACUGGAGCAUUUCUGCAGAGAGGAGAUAGAAAUUAUAACUGACAGAGUAAGAAACAUUAAGACCAUCAUCACUGAACCAAAGACUCGUCAGGAGUUCCUGCAAUAUUCCAGGCAACUGACUUUUGACCCAAACACAGUGAAUAAGUGCCUGUUACUGUCUGAAGGCAACAGAUGGAUUGAAUCCACUCACAGAGUCCAGCCAUAUCCUGAUCACCCAGACCGAUUUGAUAGCUUGUUUCAGGUGUUGUGUAGAGAGAGUGUGUGUGGACGCUGUUACUGGGAGGCUGAGUGGAGUGGUCAUAUAGAAAUAUCAGUGUCAUAUAAGAGCAUCAGCAGGAAGGGACGGGGAAAUGAGUGUAGAUUUGGUUGUAAUGAUCAGUCCUGGAGUUUGUACUGCUCUAGAUCCAGAUUUUUAUUCAGGCACAAUAAACAACAGACUAAACUCCCAGUUCUGUCUAGCUCGUCUAGAAUAGGAGUGUAUGUGGAUCACAGUGCAGGAACUCUGUCUUUCUACAGCGUCUCUGACACAAUGAGCCUCAUUCACAGAGUCCACACCACAUUCACUCAGCCGCUCUACCCUGGGUUUUGGGCUUUUGGUGGAGCAUCUUGUUCAGAACUGACACUCUGUGAUCUGACAUUGAUGUUGCAGAUAUUCUACAAACAACAUGAAACAUUAGAGAUUCUCAUUGUCAUGUUUUGGAUUAAAUUUUUUUUUUGCUGUUUUUGAGCUGCUGCAUUUAGUAAAAUGGCAGAAUCCAGUGUGUCUUUGGCUCAGGAUCAAUUCAAAUGUUCCCUCUGUUUGGACCUGCUGAAGGAUUCAGUGGCCAUUCCCUGUGGACACAGUUACUGUAUGAGCUGUAUUUCAAACUGCUGGGAUCAGGAUGGGCAGAAGGGAGUCUACAGCUGCCCUCAGUGCAGACAGACCUUCACUCCAAGACCUGCUUUAGGGAAAAACACCAUGCUGGCUGAAGUGGUGGAGAAACUCAAGAAGACAAAACUACAAGCUGCUCGUCCUGCUCAGUGUUACUCUGAAUCUGCAGAUGUGGAGUGUGAUGUUUGUACUGGGGACAAAAACAAAGCCGUCAAAUCCUGUGUGGUGUGUCUGAACUCUUACUGCCAGAAUCAUCUUGAACAACACGAGAGUUUCUUCAGAGGUAAAAGACACGAUCUGAUGGACGCCACUGGACGACUGCAGGAGAUGAUCUGCUGUCAACAUGAGAAACUACUGGAGUUCUUUUGCCGUACUGAUCAGUGCUGUAUUUGUUAUCUGUGUACAAUGGAUGAACACAAAAACCACGAGACUGUAUCAGUUACAGCAGAGAGGACUGACAAACAGAGUCAGUUGGCUGAGAUGCAAAAAACAACCCAUCAGCGAAUCGAGAAGAAACAGAAGGAGUGUGAGGAGCUGAGAGCGGCUGUAGAGUCUCACAAGCGCUCUGCACAGGCAGCAGUGGAGGACACUGAGAGGAUCUUUACUGAGCUUAUCUGCUCUAUUGAGAGAAACUGCUCUAAGUUGACGCAGCUGAUCAGAGAUCAGGAAAAGUCUUCAGUGAGUAGAGCUGAAGGACAACUGGAGCUACUGGAGCAGGAGAUUGAAGAUCUGAGGAGGAAAGACGCUGAGCUGGAGCAGCUUUCACACACAGACCAUCACAUCCAUUUCCUCCAGAGUUUCCAGUCUCUCUCUGCUCCUCCUGGAUCUACAGACUCAUCCAGCUUCACUGUCAGCUCUCGUCUCUCUUUUGAUGAUGUUGGUAAAUCUGUGUCGCAUCUGAGAGAGAAACUGGAGCAUUUCCGCAGAGAGGAGAUAGAAAUUAUAUCUGACAGAGUUACAAACAUAAACAUAAUUCCCACCUCUGAGCCAGAGACAACUGAGCAGUUCCAACAAUAUUUCCGUCAGUUCACUUUGGAUCCAAACACAGUGAAUAAUUACCUGGUACUAUCUGAAGAAAACAAAGUGAUUGAAGUCACUCGUACGUUCCAGCAGUAUCCUGAUCAUCCAGACAGAUUUAAUGCUUUUCUUCAGGUGUUGUGUAGAGAGAGUUUGUGUGGACGCUGUUACUGGGAGGUGGAGUGGAGUGGUUGGGUCGGUAUAUCAGUGGCGUAUAAGAGCAUCAGCAGGAAGGGACGUAGAACAGAGUGUGAGUUUGGAUGUAAUGAUCAGUCUUGGAGUUUGUACUGCUCUGACUCCAGAUGCUCAUUCUGGCACAAUAACAAACAGAUCAAACUGCCAGUAGAGUCCAGCUCGUCUAGAAUAGGAGUGUAUGUGGAUCACAGUGCAGGAACUCUGUCCUUCUACAGCGUCUCUGACACAAUGAGCCUCAUUCACAGAGUCCACACCACAUUCACUCAGCCGCUCUACCCUGGGUUUUGGGGUUUUGGACCUUGGAUAGGACCUGCCUCAAAAAUGACAGUUCACAAUUUAAAGGUAAAAGCAAUAUAAUGUUUUAUAACUCUGGCUUGUCUCCACUGUAAGAAGAAAUGAAUAAACAAUUAACAGUGUUCCAGUAGCUCAAGUGAGAGAGAAUGGCCCUAACAACAUAGAAGUCAUGAGUUUAAUUCUCAGAGAAUGUAUUGACAGAUAAAAUACCUUAAUUUAAGUGCAAUAAUGGUUGCAUUGGUCAAAAGUGUCCGCCAGACAUAAAUGUAGGCUCUAUAGAGGAAUUACCAACCUACGUCACACAGGUUCCUGGUUGCAAAACAAACAAACAAAAAAUAAAAACGGUUGCAAUAGCAAACAUGUCGUGUUGUGCAGUAGGAUGCCAAAUUUGAAGUCCAAAAAUAGAAAAUUUUACUUUUACCUUACACCACACUGCUUUUAAUGUCAACUGCAGACGUCUUUGGCUAAAAGGGAGCUGAAUGGAGUGAGGAUCUAAUAAAAAUACAGGUGCAGUUCGCUGUCAGAAUGCAGUUGUUUUGCUUGUUGAUGAUUACCCAGGCCUUGUAUAGUCCCGUCUAUUUUCCUUGUCUUGGGCUAGGCAGAACCUCGGUUUUUAGCACUACAUAGUUUUUAAUCUGGUAAUCAUGGAACAUUAUUUCUUGCACAUGACCACACAGAACAAAAUUGUUGGCAUCCAAAGACUUGUAGGCCUUUAACUUCUAAACACUUGGAGUUUCAGUGAGAUAGUUGUAUAUUUGGGGCUGGAUGCUUGGCCAUUUCGUCUUAUCCAAUAUCCAUUGGGAGAGUGCUAUCACAAAUAGACUUGUCAGACGAACGCUGCUCACUUUAUCGUUAAUUUUGCUGAAUAACUGUCCUUAUUACUGAGUGAUAAGCUGUUAUAAUACGCGGAAAGCACUAUGUAAAUACUAUAUAUAUAAUAUGUAAUCAAUAUAACUUAUCUCUAAUACAACAACAAACUCUGUACCGCAUUGGAUGUCAUUCCCUCGCUGUCUAGCGCUCCCAGUUUUUUUCUGCAACCUCACAGCGCACACAUCCUGUAUGUUUACAAACUGGUAAUUCAUCUAUAUAUCUGUAUAUCUCUGGGGAAAAAAGAAGAAUGAAUGCUUGAACAACACAUUUAUAUUGUAAUUAAAUUGUAUCUAUUAUAAUCUAUACAUAAACUGUUAUUUCUAUUUGAUCUAUUAGUCUCCUCUAUACAUGACAGCAAAUACAUAAUGGAAUACAUAAUACAUAAAUAGCAAACACAUUACACAAUAUACACAAGAACACACACAGUGCCGUCCUUCAGUAUCAGUGUAGCUGAGAUGUGGAUAAAGUGCAGUGCAGUGGGUAGGUGGUGUGGUUACUGGUGGUGUUAAUGGUUGAAGCUCAGCUGACAGCCUGUGAGAAGAAACUGUCACUGGUCUGCUGGUGGAGGUUCUGGUACUGUGCUACUGUCAGUUCGAGAGCAGUUAAUAGCUUGGGUGCCUUGUCUGAAAAUCUUCUUUGAUUUCCUUACACAUUGCUGACUGUAGAUGUGCAUGAAAGCAUUGGGUAACAUUUGCUCAAACUUUGUGCCAAUUCAGAGGCUGCAUCCUUUGCAAGAUGAAAAGUGUCCUAAAUCGAAAUCGGCUUCAAAUGCAGCCUUUAAAUGUGUUCUUCUUUCCCAGGUAAUAAAGGAUACAAUUGAUGGAUCCUGAAAAUCACUUUUUAAAAAGUCCAGUACAAACAUUAUUGCCUUUUGUCGGCACCGGUGGUGUGGUCGUUGGUGCGUCAACGCGUGCACUCGUGGCAGCCCAGGUUCGAUUCCCGCGUCCUGGUCCUGUGCCGUUCCUUGCCUCUCUCUGCUUCGUACGCUUUCCUGCCGGCGCUUUCUACUGUCCUGUCGAUUAAAGGGGAAAACCUUGAAAAAAACAAUAAAAAAUUAUUGCCUUUCUAAAAGUGGAGCAGAAUAUGUACUUUUUGUUGUUGUUUUUACUAUAUCUUAUGAGUCAGAUCGAAUUGAAAACGACACUUCUACUUUAAAUGACACACAAAAAAUUUAAUAUGAAGUUAAGGUGCAAAAACCAAAAGUGCCAUCUGGAAUUUUCUUCUACAAUGAGCAUUUUUUCCAACCUCAUAUGUUUAUAUUCAGUUGUUUCAUGUUAAAGGCAAUGUUAAGAACCUAUUAUUUGACAUAAAAUUGAACUUACUGAGCCUAGACAUACUGUAAGAGCCUGAAAACAAAUACUAAUUUUAGAAGAAAAUUUCAAAUGGCACUUAGAGGUUUUUGCAUCUGAAAUCUAAUUAUACUAAUUAUAAUUUCUUUUGGUCAACUCCGAACCUCUGGUGUAUUUUAUUUUAUAGCUGAAAGUGGCAGCAUUAAUUAGUAAACACUGAUUAUGUAUCUUCAUCAGAUUCUCAACAGCUCACUUUUGAUCCAGACAGCAGAAGAUUUGUGAUAAAGACAUUCAAAAUGCUUUAUUAUAGAGUGAUUCAUAUAGACUUUAGAUCUUGGUAUUUUUAUUAAUCAGGAGUGAAUAACUGCACCGAUAUAUUAUACAUGAAUUAACCUCAAUAUUUAUUUAAGUAAAAUCUGCUAAUGUUUGUGGAUUAAUGUGGUCAUCCUUCAUUAUGUGUUAAGGCAUUUUACACUAAACCUAACUUUAUGAAAAAUGAUGUUGCUGUUUUCUUUUCUUUUAAUUUUCAGAUAGAUUAAGAAUAAUAUGUAAUUCAAUGUAAUGUGUUAACACAAGUUUGUUGAAUGUAUUUAAAUAUCCAGCUUAAAACAUAUUUUAAUUCUACAUAUGUAUUUGUACAGUAUUUAAAAUGUUGCUGUGUAGCUCACAUGUGAAGUACUUCAAACUAUAAUCAUAUUUCCA